AUCUUAACGGGCUAUUAAGUUUCACAUACCACUCCGCCUGGCAUGUACAUACAUUUAAAACCUCCUUCCUAAAAAUCACCUGUUCGCAUAAAUUCAUCGUUUCAACUCCUUCCAACAUCGAAAUGGAGAAUCCUGCCCAAACGUGUCAUUUAAUAUCCGAUCUGCCCGAGACAAUUUCAAAAAUUAUGGGAUUUCUCUCCACCCCAGACUUAGAAUCCGCCUCCCUGGUCAACUCCACCUGGGAAGAAGCCGCUCUGAAGCAUGUCCUCGUUCGAAACCCGGUCGAGAUCCACCUCCACAACGUCACCGAGCCCGAGGAGCUCGUCCCCCUCGCGACCUUAUCGCCUCCAAACGUCAAAAUUCUUAUUCACGAUCUGAACUACUGGACGGGCCCAAAUGUGGAAAUUUUGGCCCAAAAAAUAGAUUUAUUCUCCUCUCUUAAUUUCUCAUCCGUAACAAAAUUAUCCCUCGUUCUCCCCCUCGAUGCCUCUUCACACCACGUGGCAUCUCGCAUGGUCAAACUUUUUGAAAAAUCCUCCACAAACUUGAGAUCCUUAGAAUUCCAAUUGUUACUGAUCAACCAUGAAGACGGACUGUCUUCUGGGGAACACUUAUUUCCCGAUAGCGUGAUCCCCCAUGGGAAAAAAUUGGUCAAUUUGGCUCUUCACUUGGAAACUGUACAGGACCGUACCAUGAACCGAUGGCCCGCCGUUAUCUCCCUGAUAAUCCGAAUUCUUAAGAUUUUCUGCAAGGUGGGCAAUCUUUCCCUGUCAAACUUGCCGGGUGGGCUGCUUUCCGAAGACAGUGUCACAUUACCCCGCCUUAAAUCAAUCUCACUGGAAAGAAAUAUCAACGUAACACAUUUACAAAAGAGCUACGCAGCGCAAUUUUUCAAAUUCGAAACACCUCUGAAACCAAAUUUCGCAACUAUUAUCCGGCUCGAAUUUAACGUUUGUAACAAGGAUGUUGUCGAGCUUUUUCGCCUCCUCGCGCCACAGUUGGAACACGUGUGCAUCUCAGGCGUGAGAAACGUAACCCCGGACAUAACGCCAUCAAUUUUCCCGGUGGAACACAUCAACGUCCCGAUUCUCCCGAAAUUAAAAGUUUUCGAAAUUUUGAGACAAGAAAUUGUAAUAAGUUGUACCGACAACAGGGCCAAAUGGUUUCGACCCGAUCUUUACUUAAACUUUGAGACGGGGUCGGAUUACGUUAAGUUAUCGUAUGACAUACAAUUUCCCAUCCUGGAGAAGUUAGUUGUGCGCGUCGUCCCCCAAAAUAUGUUUCUUCCAUUUGAGUUGCUGAAUAUUAUGAAAAAACCGUGCGAAAAUUUGCAAUUUGAGGCGACCAUGCUUUUCCUUUAUGAAACGUUUUUGGCGGAGGAUCUCGAGCCGUGUGGGACACUGAGGAAUUUAGACAUUUCCAUCCCCAUGAGGGUGGGCGUGGGAAGAAGGAUGAAAAUGCGGCGGCGGUGCGGGUGCGAUGAUGAAGUGGAGAUUUGCAAAUGUUGGGGGUGGAAGGAAAACGGGACUGAUUUUUAUUCCAGGAUUGCCACCAUUUUUCCUAACGUGGAUUACGGCGUUCUCGAAAGGGGCAGGAGAAGUGUGAGGAUGGCGAAGCUGAUUGAGCUGGGUGUCACGUUUGGUGGUGAGGGAGGAAUUUGUGGAGAUUGUGGGGAUAAACUUGGACUAUACUGAGGGUGAAGGUGUGUCAAGCGGAAAUGUGGAAAACCACUUUAUCAAAAUAAAAUUCCAAAUAAAACUACUUUAAAAAUUCUACUUAUUUAUUAAUUAGCUUGUGUGUGAAUCCACUUAUGGCUAUAUGCAAAUAUAUGCAAAUGUCUAAUAUUUACACAUCUUUGUAAUUGUAUAUUUAUGUAUUUUCAUGCAAGCGGGCUUACUCUAAGUUCAAUGCACAAAGAUAACGGAAAAUAAAAAUGAUUUCCUUAUGUUUUCGAA